CCACUGCCUCAUUGCACAGCUAUUGCAGCAGAGCCCAAGUCCAUCCCGGCGGCAUGACCGUGUCUCUCAAAACAGUGCCGGCUCUAUGGGCAUUUUUGCGGGCUAAAGUCAUGUCAUCUGAGACAUUUAAUUGGACUCGGGCCGCCGCAGGGGGACAGCGGAGCGGCAUUCCACCACCGCUUUUCGCCCUGUUAUGUUGCCCUCCGCCGCGUGGCUGCAGCAGUCCGUGCGCAAUCACGCGUCCGUGCGCAUGCAGGCAACGUUGAGCUGCUGGGGUUUCCUCUGACUGACACAAAGGCAGUGGACGCCUCGCGUACGCGGCGGAAAACUUGAGGGAAUAACCCACCAGUAUCAAGUGGAGUGAGUCUCCGUGGAGACCAGCGUUUGGAGAGAGACGUGUGCCAUCUUUGCUGGAUUUGCGCGCAGGGGCGCAUCCGCAGAGAGACGAACUGCGCGCUUUCUCUGGAGACACCUCAGCUGUGGUUCGACUAGGGACGAACUUGAGGACAACACUGCUGAUUCAAAUCUUAUUACGCACUAAAUUUCCUGCUUCGGGUCCGUAGCUGCUUCAGGUAACAGGGAUAAAUGAUCACCUCAACCAGACGAGUGUCUCCUGAUAAAUCUGAAGUUAGAAUCGCCUUCAGCCUCAAUGACGCAUCAGAUGUAAAAGAUGUGGAGGACCUCUCUCAGACUUUCCCGGACCUUGAACAGCGAUUACAGCCGGUUCCUCCCUGUGUGUCCCUGAGGGAGAGCGUGCAGGUGUACAAGGAGCAUUGCAGGAUGGCCAGAGAGUUCCAUCAGGUCAAACACGAGAUCUCUGUGCUCGAGGAACACAAGCGUAAGUUGCUGGCAGAGAUGGUGGAGGACGAGAAGGUUGCCGUGGAGAUCGCUCGCCUAAAGGAGGAGUUCCGGCGCCUCACGGAGGAGAACCGCAACCUGGUGACCGUCCACAACGAGCGCGCUCAGGAGCUGGAGAGGCUGUGCCUGACCGGCGGCACGGGGCCGGACUCCUCGUGACCCUCUGAACUCUGCAGAACCUGAGACCCGCAGCUGACUCCAGGCCCAGAACCAGAAAAACACCGGCUAUGCCUAUGAAUCAGCUAAUUACACAGAAAGGUGCAGUGUUUUCUUCCAUGUCUGAGUCAUUUGAACCACAGAUGCCGCGUCCUCAUCAGUGUGAAGUUGUUUCUACUCAGCUAUGACACCCCCCUUUCUUUCAGAGUACCGUUUUGCUAUGUUGCAGAACCGUAACAUAACAUUCUGACCACGAUUACAAAGCCUUACAGUACAUAUUGAUGCGUCAGCUGCUGUGCAUGUGACCAGUUAUCUGUCUCAGGUCCUGUGGAGACUCUGAUAUUUGACCUGAAGUCGGUGGAGGGAGCCAGAAGUUGACAAAAAUGUGGUCCAAAUGUUGUAUUUUGAGGCGUUUUCCCUCCUUCUCCCUCCGUCCCACCCCAGCUACUUGCCUGUCAGGUUCCUGUUGCAGUGAAAAAGGAGAUGAGUGUUGACCACCAUGAUAGGAAUCGGGGGGGAAGUGUGUAGCGGUGACACAGCACUGUUCAAUGAGUUGUACAUUUUUUGAUGUAGCAUGUCUCACUCACCUGUAGAAGAGGAAGUGUACAACAAGGUAAAAACUCUUACAUGUUUUUCCUUGUCAAAUAAUAAAAUGUGUUUUAUUUUAACACCA